AUGAUUCUCGCUCCGAACUCGUCUACUCAACCGUCCCAUGACGACGCCGAUAUGGCUGAGGACCUGGAUGAACCCCCCGAUCACAUCAACGUGCAUGAUGACCCCUCGUCAUUGCACCAUGAUGUGAUUUUUGCUCGACCUACUUUUAAGCACCACAAAGAAUCUUUGCUUACACGCGCCUUGAAGAGCAGUCCCGAACUGUCUCCUACCGAACCUCACCAUGCUGAUCUACAUGAAUCGACAUAUCUCUACCGCUCCUACCCCCACAGCAACAUCUCUGGACUUUCAACAGCUGAGCUGACCAGUGAUGGUGGCUUGACUAGUCCUUCUCUCUCCAAUACCCCUAGCCCGCCACUCCCCCCGCAAAUGAUGGGCAAGAUGGGAAAGACUACUAUCGCCAGUCGGAAGGAAAUCGCUCAGCGUGUCAAGGUCGUCGAUACGAACACCAAUGAGAACUCCGUUGAGGCUAAUCUUGGACGUAAGCGUUGCAUCAGCUUCGCUUGUGGUGGAAAAUCUCAACAAUCCAAUCAACCUAAGCCAUCUGCUCCUCAGAACGAACAAACUACGUCUACGCCUAAGAAGGAUACUCUUGAACCCACAAAACGCAAAACCACUCUCACCUUUGUCUGCCCGGGUCGACAACAGCAACAACCACAGCAACCUGCAAUUCAAAGGGAACGUUCACCAGCCCGCAAGUCUGCAUUCCGGACUCGGUGCCGGGGUUCCCCUGCUCCUGUCUCCCGCAAGGCUUCCCCUCCGACUACUAAGUCAUCCGAAGAGCCUAAGACAUCCACAGCUAUCACAUUGCCCAAGGGUGUUCCUACUAGUGGCCUAGGCAAGUUUGAAGAGUCCGAGGCUACUCGAUUCCAUGAGUUUGCUAGUUCUGUUGAGGAGGAUGACGAAUGGGUUAAGAAGACCGGCGAAUUCACCGAAAAGAUUACCUUGAACGACUGUAUGAAGAAAGAAAACGAAAUUCGCCGACUUGGUCAAGAAGCUGAGGACGAAGCCGAAGAUGAGGAGGAUGACGACAUUGAAGAUCUUGAUGAUUCAACCAUUCACGACUUUUCUUCUGACGAUGGAAACGAAUCUGAUAACGAGGCUGGCUUCGCUGACUCUGACGAUAGCGAUGAUGAUGGUUCGGACUACGAAUUCUGGGCCCCAUCAGCUGCUGCUUCAGAGACAAUUGUUCCAGCUAUUGAUAUCUUCCCUCCUACGAUAGAACGCCGUGCCUCGAACACAUCCUUCGACUCCAUGACUGAUGAUCACCAAAAGUGGCUGCCAGCGCCCGUGCAGAAGAUGAGCACUCGUCGAUCAGCUCCCAGACCUAUCAAGAUGCGACCGGGUACUCCUAAUCUGCCCGAUAGCACUGAUUUCGUCUGUGGCACUUUGGAUGAGGACCGUCCUCUCGAGGCUGCCUACAAGUCUUGUAUCGAGCAACGUCGUAUGUCUAAGCACGUUCCUAUUCCCCAGGACAUCGAUCCCAGCUUCCCAACCAGCGACCCUGAGGCCGAAGAAGACCUCGAAGAUCUAUCUCAGGAGGAUGUGGAUGACUUUGUUCUCGAGCCAACUCGCGGCAGAACACCCGACGAGGCUCAAAAAUCACCACGACACUCACCCAAGCGCAUGGUAUCACCACCACCUCGUAAAGCUGGUCGUGCUUCCCCCAAGCGCUUGAAGUCACCACCUCCCCGCAUCCGGACCAAGUCUCCCACCCCUGAGAAAUGGACCGAUAUGCCAGUCGUGGCAUCUCCCCGUGGUGUCAACAUCAGCCAUCUAGUUCAACAUCGUCAACCUUUACUUCGUACCAAGUCUUUACCUCGUACACCCAACCCGUUCUUUGCCAAAAGACACAACCACCAGUGGCUUGGAACUAUCACCUCCGAGUCCCCUGAGCAAACUCACACUCACGUUCGUGAAAUGCACACCCGUGGCCCUAUCGACAUCGUCGAGGGUCUUGAAAAGAAGCGCCAGAAACGAAAAGAAAAAUUCUGGCGCCAACAUUGCCGUAAAGCUGCUAAGGAACAGGCAGUGCGGCGGCCGAUUCCCGGCAAGGGAGCCGAAAGGAUGAAGGAGCUUGGCCUCGAAGUUGCUGAGAGGUGCAGAGCUUAUGGUGUCGCUCAAGAUACCCAGCUCGUCCUAUCCGUUUAG